AUGCGAGCAGUGGCAGGCAUAGAGACCCGGGAAACAUCUGUGUCUGACCGUUCCCCUGCUUUAGACAGCCUAACUGGGCCGUGUCCCUCAGAGUGUUCCCAGCGCUGCCAGGGAGUCUCUGAAGGCAGCGGUGGAUCUCCGAGCUGCAAGUGUGCCCAGCUGGAAGAACUCUCCAAACAAGUAGCUCUGUCACAAGAGGAGCUCAACAGGCAGCGCAGCCUCUGGAAACGUGAGCAGGAGAUCGAUCCGUGGUAUCGCGCGCUGUCCCAAGCUGAGCGACAGCCCUGCCUCGGGGCUUUACAAGGGGAAGUCCUUGGGUCGAGGGAAGAACCUUCCCCUGAAGUGCCCCUGCGUAAUAGAUUCAGUGCUCUUGGGGCGGAGGAUGAAGACCGCACGAGUAAGAGACAGGAUCCAGGAGAAGCCGACCACACAGAGCUGAUCCACCCAUCCAGCCGCACGAGAACCCCUGCCACCAGAAAAGCACAUCAAGUACGACUCACCACCCCGGCCUUCGCCGGGACCACCACCGCAGCGGUUCCAGCUGUGCGGCACAGCCAGGGCCCGCGCAUCAGCCAGGCUGCCGUCCAGGCUGGGAGUGCCUGCGCGGCGCGGCAGGCGUCGGGAAUGAAGCAGCAGCCCUUGGAGCAGAGUGCUUGCAGCAACACAGUUGAGCCGACAGCUGCACGAAUGGCCUUCCCAUGUUUCGACGAACCAGCCUUCCAAGCCAGGUUUUCAAUUAAGGUGAGGAGGGAACCAAAGCACCUCGCACUGUCCAAUACCCCAGUUGUGAAGUCUGUGAAUAUAAUGCCCCGGCUUGUUAAGGACCAUUUUGAUACCACCGUCAAGAUGACUACGUACCUUGUGGCCUUUAUUGUUUCAGAUUUUAAAUCCAUCAGCAAAAUAACCGGUCAUGGAGCUAAGAUUUCCAUGUCCACGGUGCCAGACAAGAUCAACCAAGCUGACUAUGCGUUGGAUGCGGCAGUGAAACUUUUAGACUUGUACGAGGAUUACUUCAGCAUUCCAUAUCCUCUACCUAAGCAAGAUAAGUCAGCUAUUCCUGACUGUCGGUCUGGUGCUAUGGAAAACUGGGGAUGGCCCACAUACCAGGAAUCUGUGUUGUUGUACAACCCUGAAAAGUCCUCAGCAUCUUCUAAACUUUGGAUUAGUAGUAUGGUAAUAGCCCAUGAGCUGGUUCGUCAGGGGUUUGGCAACCUCGUUACCACGGAGCGGUGGCAUGAUCUGUGGUUAAAUGUAGGGUUUGCAAAGUUUAUGGAGUUCGUGUCAGUCAGCAUUACUCAUUGAGAACUGAGAGUUGAAGACUAUUUCUUAAGGAGAUGUUUUUAUGCCAUGGCAGUGGAUGCAUUAAAUUCCUCACAACCUCUGUCUACUCCUGUGGAAGGUCCAGCUCAAAUUUUAGAGAUGUUUGAUAAUGUUUCUUAUGAGAAGGGAUCUUGUAUAUUAAAUAUGCUGAGGGACUACCUGACUGCUGAUGUGUUUAAAGCUGGACUUGUGCAGUACCUGCAGAAAUACAGCUAUUGAAAUACAAAAAAUGAAGAUCUGUGGAACAGCAUGAUGAAUAUUUGCCCUACAGGAGGUACUAACAAAAAUGAACCACAAGGUGAUGGCUGUUGCAGAAGAAGCCAACAGUCAUCUUCAUAUGCACACUGGACUAAAGGAGAAACUCUUGAUGUGAGGGCAACGAUGGGCACUUGGACACUGCAGAAAGGUUUUCCCCUGCUAACUCUCACAGUGAGAGGGAAGAAUGUCCACCUGCAGCAAGAGUACUACGUGACAGGGGUAGAUUCUCCUUCAUCCACAGGGUACCUGUGGCACAUUCCACUAACCUCCACUACCAGUAAAUCUGACACUGUUCAGAGAUUUUUGAUGACAACUAAAGCAGACGUUAUUAUCCUUCCGGAAGAGGUGGAGUGGGUUAAAUUCAGGGGGGACAUGAAUGGAAUGGUGCACUAUGAAGAUGAUGGGUGGGAUCAUCUGAUCAACCUUUUGAAAGAGAACUAUACAGUGAUUAGCAGCAAAGACAGAGCAAGUCUCAUUAACAGUGUAUCCAGGUCGUGA